AAGGGUUUAAAAGCUACCGAACUCUGGAAUCAGUUUGAGAAGAAAAGAGCACUACAGAAUCAGCAGCAUAACACAAACAUUGAUAUACAAUUAAGUACGUUGAGAGUGAUGAGCACUUCUGCUACCUGUCAGGAAGAUGAAUUGGCCGGACAGAUGGUAGCUUCGAGUAUCAGUGGCAAGAAAAAUGUUAAACACAAUAAAAAUGCGAAACGUCAAAGCGAUGAAUAUCCCGAGAGAGAAAAGCAAAAAUCACGUAAAACUAGCAUUGAAAAUUCUCAUCAAGCGGAAUGUUCUUAUAGGCUGAAUAAUGUGCUGAAUGUUCAAGAAAGCUUUGAUGAGAACAAUGAGGAAGAAGUUAUUCAAAAUGUCGAAGUAAUAACAGACUUCUUGGGAAACGAUAUUGAAUGUUCGGAGGCAUCGAAAAAACUUUGUUCGGCAUAUAUGGAACAGUAUCCCGAUGGAGACUUGAUUGACCUCCGUUCAUGUUCAUCCUUCCUCAGAAAUAUUCCAAGAUCGAUAUCAAGUUCAUACCUCUCAGAAAUGGACACGAUAACCGAACAAUUAAUUCCCGAUAAUGUGCACAAUUUCCUGGUGCAGUUUUUUUCACAAACUAUUUCGGAUACAGAGUGGCAAGGCAAGGUUGACGACCUACGAUCUCCAGAAGAGAAAGACCCUCUAAUGGUUGCAGUAGUCCGAAUUUUACGUCGGACAUUACCACAAUUUAUUAAGGCGUUCUCUCUCGAACAUCAAAACCCUCUCUUAAACAUCGCAACGAUCGAACAAGCACACCUUAAUGCGUUUGUGCACCCAUGUCUCGAUAGCGCUCUGUGGAAUCUAGCAAAUAUACACUACGAAUAUGGAGAAAUCCCGUCCAGGAAUCACGUUAAUAAAAACCGCGCAGAUGGUGUGGGUUAUAUGACUAAUGCCGACAAAUUUCAACUCGUUUAUGUGGAAGGAUCCAGACCAAACGUGAAGCAAGAAAAGGAGGUCGCUGACAUUAAAAAAAUCAUCAAUAACAUGAAAAGUUUGUUUUCUAAAAUAGUAAAAGAACUAAUUAAAACCCGAAGGCGUUUGCCAGAAAAGCUGAACAUAUUUGGUGGCCAAAGCUUUCGCCUUCGAAUUUAUCUAUAUUACCUUGAUUAUUGUGGUAAGUAUCGAUUAAAUGAAGUCGACAACGCAAACUUACCUCGGGAAUUUUCUGAAAUGCCGGAUUUCGUUUAUUUUUACGAAUGUGUGCUGAAAUGGGCAUUGUUGAUUCAGGCUAGUGUGACUUCCUUUAAUGAAGCAAGAGUUGAGAAGAGGCCCUCGAGAAUGUCAUAUGCAGAAAGCCUAUUUCGACUGCAAGAAUAG